AGCAACUCUUGCGACAUCAUCAAUAUUCGCGUUCGUCGCCCAGAAUGGCGCCUCCAACUAUGACAUCUCUGGAUGACGUGAGCAAGCCUCCACCUGGUGUUGUACAGCCGCCAAAGGAGAUUCGAAGCAUUAUCGAGCGGACGGCGGGAUACACUGCGCGCAACGGAGCGGCAUUCGAAGAAAGGAUACGCGCGAAGGAAUCUGCCAACGCCAAGUUUUCGUUCCUCAACGAGGUCGACGAAUACCACUCAUACUACCAAUGGCGAUUGUCUGAGAUCAAGCAAGGGCGCGGAACAGACGUAGCUGCUGGACGAGUUGGUGAAAAUGGUACAGGUCCCAAGGGCCCGGAGAAGCCAAAAGGCCCUCCAGAGCCACCCGAGUUUCAAUUCUCGGCACGUAUGCCAACGAUAAGCGCACAGGAUCUCGAAGUACUGCGGCUGACUGCUUUGUUCGUCGCGAAGAACGGCAGGUCAUGGAUGACUGCGCUCUCUCAGCGCGAGUCUGGCAACUACCAGUUCGACUUCUUACGACCGAACCACAGUUUCUACCAAUACUUUAGUCGUUUAGUUGAUCAGUAUAGCGACCUCAUAUACCAGAGCUCAGCAGAUGGUGGAAGGAAGGAGAAAGCACGAAUACAGCAGCUCAAACUUAACCAGACCGACCGACAUCAGAUUCUUGACCGAGCGAAGAACCGCGCCGCGUACCAGAAAUACGUAGAGACACAGAAGGCCAAGAAAGAGGAGGAGGAAGAGAAAGAGAAAGUUGCAUAUGCACAGAUUGACUGGCAUGACUUUGCAGUUGUGGAAGAGGUGCUCUUUACCGAUGCAGAUGAAAGUGCCGAGUUACCCCCACCGACCUCCAUGAAUGAUUUGCAAUCAGCUUCAUUGGAACAGAAAGCGUCGAUGACAUUGCAGCCUGCAAACAUGCGUAUCGAGGAAGCUAUGCCCACCGACGACAUGUUCCAAUACCCGGCACCUCCAGUUCAGGCACCUAUGCAGCCACCAGCACCAUAUGGCAUACCUGGUAUGCAACCGACACCUAUGACUGGCAUACAGCCAUCACCCAUGCCUAUGCAUGCGCCUCAGAUUCCCGUGGGCUACAACAGCAUUCAACAACCACCCGAAGAAGAUGAGGAGGAGCGCCGCAUUCGUGAGCGAGUAGAGAAUCGGGAGCGUGCCCAGCAAGCACAAGCCUCCGCAAGGGGUCAAGGACAAGGACAGAUCAAGGUCCGAACAGACUACGUCCCAGCAUUCCAACAGAAGAAGGAACAAACUGCCAAGUCGAUGUGCCCGGUCUGCAAACAACUCGUUGCGAACAAUGAGUUCGAUGAACACGUGCGAAUUGAAAUGCUUGAUCCAUACUGGCGCGAACAGAAAGCCAAAGCCGAAUCACGCUACUCCACCACCAAUCUCAAUACCUCUGACGUCGCCAACAACCUCAAGCGGCUUGCCAGCCAACGUAGUGAUCUCUUUGAUCCUGUCACCGGGCAGCAAUACUCAGAAGAAGAGCAGGCGAAGCGAAGGAAGCAAGCGACAUUCCAAUAUGACGGUACUCCCGAGACCAGAGACGCAAUGCGAAAUCAGAGCGUUACUCAGAGCAUGAAGGUGGAGGAGCAGCUGAAGCAGUUGAAUGCAAAAUAUAAGCAAUCAGGAUGAGGUGUGUCGCAGCGAAUUACGUGCAUUGGGCGGCGUUUGAGGGAGCUAUGAUUUGAAGAAGACUCGUAUCUACCUGAGUGUAAAUUUAUUUGGCAUCUACUGACACAUACAAACCUUUAGGCACUCGCGUCUUGUCUCAGGCAGGAAAGGGUGGAAUAGGAUAGGUCUAGGCUGAUUAUUGCCUGGAUGGAAGUGACUGCGACGGAUGAGCCGGUCUUGUGAAGGGGAAUGUACUACUAUCAUGGCAAUCAAUAUUGAGCUUGCCUACGCAAAGUGUGUAGUAGUAAUAUCUUAUCGUGGCUAAAAGACUGAGGUCGUCACCUGUUGACAUAGCCGUCACGCUAAGAAUAC